GCGAAGGUAUUAAUAAGUGAAGUAAACUUUAGUUUAAGAUUAUCAACGAAGUGAAGUUUUGAGCAGAGAUGGCAUCUGAUGAUGAGCUAGGAGAAGACAUUCCUUAUGAGAUUUAUGAAGUUUCCAUGGUUGAGGAUGAUGAGAAAAAAGAUUUAUUCCAAUGUUCUGCUUGCAAUAUAAUAUUUUCUAAUGUUGAGGAACAUGUCAAAGAAUUUCAUGAAAACACAAAGGAUGAGGACACUCCCGAUUUAGAAGAAAAUUCUACUAAAGAGUUAUCUGAUACUGAGGGAUUGGCUUUCGUAAUCAAGAACGCAAGUGGCAAAUAUGAAUGCAAAGUUUGCCUUCAGCCUUAUAAAUCUCUAAGAAGAUACCUAGAUCAUGUGAAGAAACACAGUUCACUAGAUGAAGAUGAGGACAUAAAAAAUUUGGAAGAAAAGUUGAAAGAAAUUAUUGAGAGUGAAGAUGUUUAUGAUACAAUUAACAAAAAUGGUCAAAUAAGCUACUGUUGUAAGAUAUGCAAAACAAUAUUUUCAGGAAGAAAGAACGUUUUACUUCAUUACCCAAUACAUCAAAAUGUUGCAAGAGCGCACAAGGCUCAAAAGGAACAGGAUAUUGAUCCUUCAACAAUGUUUCAUUGCAAAUUGUGUAAUCGAUCACUUGUAAACGGUUCUGAAUUAAAAAUGCAUAUGAAUGCUCAUGCUGAGAAUCAAGCAAAAUGUUCAAAUCAAAGCAGUAAAUCUGAAAGAAAGCAACAGAAAAGAACAACUGGAAAUAAGAAUUCAUACACCUGUCAGUAUUGCCAAAAAGAAUUCAAAAGGCCACAUGAGAAAGUAAAGCAUGAGAGGUUUAAAAGUCAGAGUGUCUACAAUCAUCAUCUGAAUACUCACGGAACAGCUAAGAACUUUAAAUGUCCUUUCUGCCCAAAAGCUUUCAAGACAAGUGUUCAAUUGUCAGGUCAUAAGAAUACGCAUACCAAACCAUUCCCAUGUGAUGUGUGCUCGCGUACAUUUUCAUCUCUUUAUGCUGUCAAAUCUCAUAUGGAGGUUCAUCGUAAUAUUGAAUCGACAUUAAAAUAUACUUGCAAGAUUUGUUCAGCUCAAUAUGGAAGAAGUUUUGCCCUUUCUGAUCAUAUGAAAUCAGCACAUUCUGAUUUGAUGAUUUUAGAAGAAAAUGAAGUAGAGAAUGAUGAGCAUUAUGAGAUUGAAGAGGCUAUUGAGGAAAACGAGGAAGAAGUUUAUUCCGUUGUUAUAACAGAAGAUGAAGAACAUUUCGAUAAUACUUUGAAUAGAAAUGCUACGAUACAGAGUGGAACGCAAGUUCCAGGUCCAUUACAUAGAAUGAGAUUAGGUCGAGCAUGCAUGAGAAUUGGUAUACAAUUUAAGAAUGACAAUGAUGUUGUGAUGAUUGAUGAUGCGUCAAAAAUUGAGUCUUACAUCAAUUACGCCAUCAAAGGGAUGGACAUCCUGCUUGACAGCAAUUGUUCACCAGCUCGGAUGCCUCACAUCUCCGAAAAGCAUCCAAAGAUCACGCUUGCUGAGUUGAAUGUCUUAAGACGGCAUCGAGAGCUCUGUGAUGUCGUUCUUAAUGUUGGAAGCAGAAAAAUUUUCGCCCAUCGAGUCAUUUUAUCAGCUUGCUCUCCUUAUUUUCGAGCUAUGUUCACGGGCGAACUUGAGGAAUCUCGACAAACAGAAGUCACCAUUAGAGACAUUGACGAAAACGCUAUGGAAGUUCUUAUUGACUUCUGUUAUACAUCACACAUUGUUGUUGAAGAAUCGAAUGUUCAAUCACUUCUUCCUGCUGCCUGUCUGCUUCAACUCGCCGAAAUUCAAGAUAUUUGUUGUGAAUUCCUUAAACGUCAACUUGACCCACAAAACUGUUUAGGGAUUCGCGCGUUCGCUGAUACUCAUUCAUGCCGCGAACUUUUACGCAUAGCCGAUAAAUUCACUCAACACAAUUUCCAGGAAGUCAUGGAAUCAGAAGAAUUCCUUUUACUUCCUGUUGGACAACUUGUCGAUAUUAUAUGCAGUGAUGAACUAAAUGUGAGAAAUGAAGAGCAAGUUUUCAAUGCUGUUAUGGCAUGGCUUAAGUAUAAUGUGGCUGAGAGACGACAACAUUUAGCUCAAGUUCUUCAACAUGUUCGAAUGCCACUUUUAAGUCCAAAAUUUCUCGUUGGAACUGUUGGUAGUGAUCUCCUUGUCCGCAGUGAUGAAGCCUGUCGUGAUCUCGUCGAUGAGGCUAAAAAUUAUCUUCUUCUUCCACAAGAACGUCCGCUCAUGCAAGGGCCAAGAACGCGACCACGUCGUCCAACAAGACGUGGUGAAGUAUUAUUCGCUGUUGGUGGAUGGUGUUCUGGUGAUGCUAUUGCUAGUGUUGAAAGAUUCGAUCCCAACACAACUGAAUGGAAAAUGGUUGCUCCGAUGAGUAAACGACGUUGUGGUGUGGGUGUAGCUGUAUGUAAUGAGUUGUUGUAUGCUGUAGGAGGUCAUGAUGGACAAUCGUACCUCAACUCAAUCGAAAGAUAUGAUCCUCAAACGAAUCUAUGGCAAACUGACGUUGCUCCAACUACAAGUUGUCGUACAUCAGUGGGUGUUGCUGUGCUUGAUGGAUUUCUCUAUGCGGUUGGCGGUCAAGAUGGAGUUCAAUGUUUGAAUCAUGUCGAACGAUAUGAUCCAAAAGAAAACAAAUGGAGUAAAGUAGCACCAAUGACAACACGACGCUUAGGAGUUGCUGUUGCUGUACUUGGCGGUUUUCUUUAUGCAAUUGGUGGAUCUGAUGGUCAAACACCUCUCAACACUGUAGAACGAUUUGACCCAAGAAAUAAUAAAUGGACCGUCGUUGCUCCAAUGUCAACAAGACGAAAACAUCUUGGCUGUGCAGUUUUCAACAAUUUUAUUUAUGCCGUAGGCGGUCGUGAUGAUUGUAUGGAACUUUCAUCAGCUGAACGCUACAAUCCAAUCACAAAUUCAUGGGCUCCAAUCGUUGCAAUGACAUCACGUCGAUCAGGCGAUAAGGAAAGAUUCGAUUGUUUGAUUGAGCGACCAUCGUCCCCAUUACUUCUAAGCUGGUGAAACUUUGUUGUUUUUUUAUCUAUUUAGGUAUUCUCAGUCAUUUUUCUUAUUUUUUUGUUUUGUUUUCUUCUGAUUUCUUUCAUUAAAUAUUAUUCUCAUCAUUAUUUUUCUGAACUAAAUAAAUUUGUUGAAAAUAGAACUAUUCGAAAUCUAUUUUCCAUCAAAUUUUAAUAGUAACAUUUUAGAAUUAGUUGUUAGUAUAGAUGGCUCCUUAAGAUGAUCAAAAAAGAAAAGAAUUUAUGUUAAUAAAUCUGUUCAGAAACUUAAGAAAAAGAUAAAUUAAAAUUUUUAGAGUAUAAUUAGAGAAUUUAAAACUGUUUUAUUUCUCUUCUUAUUUUUGCUACAAUCUCUUAAAAGCUUAGAUUUACAUUUUAUGGUUUGUUUUAUAAUUUAUGUUAAGUUAUGAUUAUAAUGCAAUCAUAGUUUUAUAUUGUUCUUAAGCAUUAAAACAGUUUUUACUAUAAUUCAUAAUUAUAUAGAAUGAUUAUUAUGUUGCAAUAAGAAAAUAAAGAGCAGCAUUACAGGAUAAAUUUUUAAAAUUC